CCCGUCUUAUACUGUAAAGUGUAAAAAUGAACCAUUUUAACAUGCGCACCAAACAAGUUUGCCAAAGGUGUGUUGCUGCUGCACAGGCCACUAGAUGGUGCUGUUGUUCCUCCCCAGAGUCUCUGGUUCGUGUCAGAAGGUGGAGGUGCAGCACCUCCUUCAUUGUCUGAGCAAGAACCAACGGGAGAAGAUCCUGCUCGCCGCUCGCUUUGGUGAAAUCCCGUCUCUCUCCGCGGCUCACUCGCUCAGACGGCCGUCAUGGCGACCGCAGAGAGCCUCUGUUGCGGGGCUAACCGCGUUUAAAAACUCCCUUGGGAUUCACAUUUUCUCUCCUUGCGCCGGGACGUGGAUGUAAUAUCUUCAUUUCAGCUGCGGGAAAUAGUUUGGCUUGGUCAAGCCCGCAUUACCAGAAAAGAGAAGAAGGGUGUGGAUGGCAUUGCACGAAUUUUCCUCAUCAGACGCAGCAGCAAUCGCUCAGGUUUCCUCUCCGUAAUUUGAUUCGUGGAUCACCGUGACAUUUAAAUGAUCAAUACCUCACCAGGAAGUGUGCAAAUGUGAUCUGUCAGCUUAGUUUCCACAGUGCGUGUCCAGUUUUUGCAGCGAACAUCCCAGAGCACCAUGGCAGAGCCAGACCCAGAGAACCUGUCUUCUGGAGCAGGUCAGCGUCUUGGAGCCCCUGAGACUCUUGGCAUUAGUACAUUGGACCCAGGCCACAAGCCUCCGGCUAUGCCCCCUGGACGACAUGUCACUGUCACUGUCCGUAUGUUGGAUGACACGGAAGAGGUUUUUGACGUCUCGCAAAAAGCGUCGGGCAAGGUGCUAUUUGACCUGGUGUGCUCCCACAUGAAUCUGAUUGAAGGCGACUACUUUGGCCUGGAGUUUCAAAACCACAAAAGCAUGAUGGUUUGGUUGGACCACAUCAAACCAAUUAUUAAGCAGCUUCGACGACCGAAAAACACAACCCUGAGGUUCAGUGUGAAGUUUUUCCCCCCUGACCAUGCGCAGCUGCUGGAGGAGCUGACGAGGUACCUGUUUGCCCUCCAGAUCAAGCAGGAUCUCUCCAGUGGACGCAUGACGUGCAACGACACCAGCGCGGCUCUGAUGGUCUCCCACAUCAUCCAGUCUGAGAUUGGGGACUUUGACGAGAGCCACUGCCGCUCACACCUGCUAAACAACAACUACAUUCCAGAUCAGAUGCCCCUGAUCGACAAAAUCAUGGAGUUUCACUCAAAGCAUAUAGGUCAGUCACCAGCAGAGUCAGAUUUUCAGUUAUUGGAGGUUGCUCGCAAGCUGGAUUUUUACGGGAUUCGGCUGCAUCCUGCCAAGGAUCGGGAAGGUUCGAAGUUAAAUCUGGCUGUGGCGCACACCGGCGUUUUGGUCUUCCAGACACACACGAGGAUCAACGCCUUCAACUGGUCCAAAAUACGCAAGUUGAGCUUCAAGCGAAAACGUUUCCUCAUCAAGCUAAGGCCAGAUCUAAAUAGCUCCUAUCAGGACACGCUGGAGUUUUUGAUGGCCAGCAGGGAUUGCUGUAAAGUCUUCUGGAAGAUCUGUGUGGAAUAUCAUGCCUUCUUCCGCCUCUUUGAGGAACCUAAACCCAAACCCAAGCCUAUGCUCUUCACACGAGGAUCUUCCUUCAGAUUUAGCGGUCGCACACAGAAGCAGGUGAUUGAUUAUGUGAGGGAAUCAGAGUUCAAGAAGAUCCCAUUUGAAAGGAAACACAGCCGGGUCCGAUACAGCAGUCGAGUUCAACACAACAGUCGCCUGUCGCCGCUGCCUUCUCCUCGCCACCAUGAAGUGCCAUCAGAAAGUGGUGUUCCCGAGGACUUGUCCUCUUCUUCUCCUCCUCGGCGUCACUGGAAGGAGUCGGUGCUCGUCAGUGCCGAAGACCCAGCGGCUUCACGGACUUCAAAGAUGAGCCCGAACCAUCAAAGAAACGGCCACGAAGACAGAAAGGAGUCCGUUUCCAAGCCUGAGGAAUCAAGAGGGUCUACACAACAGAUGUCCCCAGAACAUCCGAGCCAAGGUCCAGCAUCUUGGUUUGCCAAAGGCAGCAGCUCAGCCACGAGUUGUGUAGAUAGUGAGUUGAACAUGGGAAGGGAGCAGGCCAGCAGAACAAAUCAAGGUUAUGGUGAGGACUUCAAUUUGCGUCGGGGUUCAGGUUCCCAGCAGGAGCAUUUACUGGGCAAGACGCAGUACAGGGAAUCUCCUUUGCUCAACAUGAACCAUGAGCCAUAUCGGUCUCUCACGCAGUCACGUCCAAAGUUUGACCUUAGUCCUGGUUACAGCACAGUGGGGGAAAUCAGAGGCCAUAACAGAGAGAGGCAGAGCAGCAGCCCCCUCCCAGGUCAACAUAUGAUUGGCUCAAGGAGUGUUGUCUCCAAUCCUGCCAAUAAACCCACCCACCAAGCUCCUUCUCUCUCUCACGCUGAGCAGAAUGGCUACACGUCCCUCCUGUUUAAUGACACAAGAUGCUCCCCCCACCCGAGCCGAUCGCCUCGCUUACACAAUCUCCAAAAAGUACAUCACGCCCCGUGUGCAGACCCGCAUCAGGGUGCGUCCCCACCAGGGCCAGAUUCACGCCCGGUCAUGUCUCGGGCCGAGCGCAUGGCAGCUCUCGAGCGGCGCAUGACGGCCAACGGCCUCACGGCCCCGGGGAGGUUCCGGGCCGGAAAGAAACGGUUAGGACAGGUCGGAGUCAAACACGUGGAGGCCGUGCAAAUGUGUGAGGGCUCCACCACCAGUGGGUCAGAGUCAAGCGAGUCUGAGGGAGAGGACAGAGGGAACUGCAGCAACAGUACGGUGGAGGCUAGCGCUCCUAUACCGAGAAACAAAUUCUCCUUUGGGAGCCUCCAGCUGGACGAGGAGGCAGAGGAUGAGGAUGGAUGCCAUAAUUUUAGUGAUGAGGAAGGUGUGGCUCCCCACAGCCCUCCGCCGUCCGGACAUCCCCACGGGAUGGUGAACGGUCAGAAGUCCCUGGAGUUGUGCAGCCACAGUCUCGACGGCCGUCAGCCUUCGCCUCUGACCAGCCCGCUACUCAACGACGCCUGCAGCAUUCGCACUGAUGAUGAAGAUGAGGUCCGGAGAAAGAGGUUUCCCACUGAUCGAGCCUAUUUCAUCGCCAAAGAGCUGCUGACCACAGAGAGGACAUAUCUAAAGGACCUGGAGGUGGUGACUGUGUCUUUCCAGAGUGUUGUGGGACAAGACGAGGAGACCCCUGACUCCCUGAAGAACACCAUCCUCUCCACCUUUGAGCCGCUUCACAAGUUUCACACUGGUUUCCUCAGGGAGGUGGAGCAGAGGCUGGCUAUUUGGGAAGGACGUUCCAAUGCACACAUUAAAGGAGACUGCCAGCGCAUUGGAGAUGUGAUGCUGAAAAACCUUCAAGCUUUGAAGCCUCUGACAACAAACAUGCACAAGCACUCUGACAUCCUCCUCGAGCUGGAGAAGGCGUGCAAAGCGUCCCGUAGGGUGGAAAAUUUAUGCAGAGACUUCGAGCUGCAAAAAGUGUGCUACAUCCCCCUGAAUGUCUUCGUCCUGCGACCUCUCCACCGCCUCAUCCACUACAAGCAGAUCCUGGAGCGCCUGUGCAAACACUACCCAGCAACUCAUGAGGACUUCAGGGACUGCAGAGCUGCUCUGGCAGAUGUUUCUGAGGUGGUGGACCAGCUCCAGGGGAGUCUAAUCAAGAUGGAGAACCUCCAGACGCUGCUGGAGCUACAGAAGGAUUUGCUCGGUGUUGACAAUCUUGUGGUUUCUGGUCGAGUAAGUCUGAAUUAUAACUGGAAAAUUAUUUGCCCAGCUUUUAAGACAUGCACACACCUAGUAUUUCAUUAUUAUUAUUAUUGUUAUUAUUAUUAUUAUUAUUAUUAUUAUUAUUAUUUUUGUCUUUUUCAGGAGUUCAUCAGGUUAGGCUGCCUUAGCAAACUGUCCGGAAAAGGCCUUCAGCAGCGAAUGUUUUUUCUGUUUAAUGACGUCAUUUUGUACACGAGUCGAGGGAUGACACCGACCAAUCAGUUCAAAGUGCACGGGCAGCUGCCUCUCCGUGGCAUGACAAUCAGAGAGAGCGAGGAGGAGUGGGGUGUGCCUCACGCCUUCACCCUGGUUGGACAGGGACAGUCGGUGGUGGUAGCAGCAAGUUCACUGACAGAGAUGGAGAAGUGGAUGCAGGACAUCAAGAUGGCGAUAGAGACGGCAAAGACCAGCAACGGUCCCACGUCGGACGUGCUGACCUGCACGCUGACUGAUAACAAAUGCCCGGAGGACUCCUCGGCGGAGGCAGAGUCCGAGGACGACACGUCAGCUUUAAAUACGUCGCUGGAGAAGCCCGCAGCUCACCGUGGCAAUACCAUGGUGCACGUGUGCUGGCACAGGAGCACCAGUGUGUCCAUGGUGGACUUUAGCGUAGCUGUGGAGAAUCAGCUGUCGGGAAACCUGCUGCGAAAGUUCAAGAACAGCAACGGGUGGCAGAAGCUGUGGGUGGUCUUCACCAACUUCAGUCUGUUUUUCUACAAAUCUCACCAGGAUGAUUAUCCUUUGGCCAGCCUCCCUCUGCUGGGAUACUCGGUCACUGUUCCCGCUGAAAAUGAAAACAUUCACAAGGACUACGUCUUCAAGCUACAUUUUAAGUCUCAUGUGUACUACUUCAGAUCGGAAAGUGAAUACACUUUUGAGAGGUGGAUGGAGGUCAUUCGCAGUGCUACGGUCUCCUCCAGCCAGGCCCGCCUCCUGAACAGCAAAGAUCCGCACCCUCACUGAUUCAGUCGGAGUUGAUUUUUUUUGUUUUUUUUCCCCCCGUAUCGCAUAUGGGUGGCAUCUGCCCGUCUCGUCCUGCCCCGUCCCUCAGCGACACUUUGCUUUCCUUCUCUACACAUCUGGGACAUUUAUACAUGUGUACAUGCACAGUUUGUGCUCUUUAUUUUUUAAUGCUUUAAAUGGUGACACGUCCGCUGGUUUAGACUGCAUCAGAGACUGCGUUUUUAUUCUCCAACUCUAAAACCUCUUUUUAACGGAUGUCAUUUUAUACAGCUUUUCUAACGGUCUGAAUCACUUUCCAGACUCUGGUUUUACAUUUUGUCAUUUUUGCAGCGGGAACACGUGAUGUAGACUCUUUCUUAGGCGGUAAAACUUCUCCCAGCGUUGUCAGUUUUGUUUUGAGCUUGAAAGUUCUGAGCUGCAUUGUCAGUGCCAAAUUGGUUUGUAGCAACGUCAGGGACUUUUUAAGGAGUAGGAUGGGUCCCCCUGUCUGCUCAUAAGAAACAGACCACCCUUUAACUGUAAAAGCUCUGCUCCCAGCUGGCCCAGCACAACAUUGUUGUUGAAGAAAUGGAUGAAAGCAUACAAUUAUUUUACUACCAGUGGUAGCUGCCAUCAUCACAAAUGCUGUCUUAAAUAAAGUCAUUCUUCUACUUGCUGAUCUUCA